UGCUUUCAAUAUGGAGUCAAACAUAGAGUUUGUGUUGAAUUGAACGCAAUGUUUAUGUUAUUAUAGAUAAGACACUAUUCAUAGCAGACAUCGAUUGCAUUCAUAUGAAUACAGCCAUCAAUUGUGUUAACACUUCCAGUCAAUAGACAUUUGGCGAGCCAUUCACUUCACGAGACACGAACACCAAUUGACACCACUUUUGCUGCAAAUGAGAUAAAAAGAUGUCGAAACGAAAAUGGGAUGAAUUGUAUGACACGAACGACACGUCUUUGAGACCGGACUCGAGUGACGCGAGGGAUGACUCGGACGAGACGAUCGGUGACCACAAUCGGCGCUCCGAUGACACGGAUUACUCGCAAAACGAGUGCAACGAUGGCAUCGACUCUUCGGGCGAAGAGCAGAUUGCGCACAAAAUGGCGCGAAAUAUGGCGCCCAAUGAGUGCACCCAUUCUGACGACGUCUGCCACUCAAUGCAAUCCCAAUACGACGGCGCCGACGAUGAGGCGGUCGACAGUGGCUUUCAGUGCGAUUCCAUCAACAGCGAGAUCAGCAGUUCCGGUAUCAGUAGCUCCGGGAAUGUGGAUGUGUUGACGUCGAGCGACCAC